AUGUUACGAAUGCAUCCACCGACGAUGCUUCUCGAACUCUGGGAGGAGACUGGUGUGCAUUUCGGUCGGUCCAAAAAGAAGCAUGACACAAAGAAAUCGCCUAAACUGCUGCAGAACAAUCCACAUACUGAACUUCUGUUGAAGUCGCCUUCGUCAUCAUUAUUGAAAGCCUCGGAUUCUGUACUGGAUGGGGAUGUCUCCUUCAAACAGCCAAGUUCGGCAGAAGAAAGUGGUGUGCUGCGUAGUCAAACAGCUCGAAACAAUUGGAAACGAUUGGCUAGGAAAGCUAGCGAACGACAACAGAAGGAACUCAUCAACGGCAAUAGUGAUGGUGAAUUCUAG